AUGAUGAGUUUUCAUGUGGCAAAAAUUUCCAAAAGCACUGAGGAUUGCAGUUCAAAAAAUGUAACUGUAGAAACAGGAACCAGUAGUAAUGAUAAUUUAUCAGUAAACUCUACAAGUGGGAACAAAACCUAUGGAGGUGGAAUAUCAUCCAGGGAAGUGUCACUAUCUGACAGCGCAAUAGGCAAUCAGAACAAUGUAACACACCCCAGGCCAGUUCUUGAUCUCAAGGCAGAAUAUGUUGGCGUGACUUCUGUCAACUUAACAUGGGCGGUGAAUGACUCUGCUUCCAACUCCUCCUACACGUACAGGAUAGAGGUUGUAAAUGGUACCUCUCUUAGGAACCUGAUGUCCAAUGUCACCGAAGUCGAAAUUACAGAGUUAAUCCCUGGGACAUUGUAUAAUUUCACAGUAUUUGCAGUAACGGCUGAUGGUGAGGCAGAAGGAGAAGGGGUGUCCAUAAGGCUGUAUACGAAGCCCAGCCCAAUCCAUGAUCUCAAGGUGGAAUAUGUUGGCGUGACUUCUGUCAACUUAACAUGGGCGGUGAAUGACUCUGCUUCCAACUCCUACACGUACAGGAUAGAGGUUGUAAAUGAUACCUCUAUUAGGAACCUGUCGUCCGAUGUUACCAAAGUCGAAAUUACUGAGUUAAUCCCUGGAGCGAUGUACAAUUUCACAGUAUUUGCAGUAGCGGCUGAUGGUGAGACAGAAGGAGAAGGGGUGUCCAUAAGGCUGUAUAUAAAGCCCAGCCCAAUCCAUGAUCUCAAGGUGGAAUAUGUUGGCGUGACUUCUGUCAACUUAACAUGGGCGGUGAAUGACUCUGCUUCCAACUCCUACACGUACAGGAUAGAGGUUGUAAAUGAUACCUCUAUUAGGAACCUGACGUCCGAUGUUACCAAAGUCGAAAUUACUGAGUUAAUCCCUGGAGCGAUGCACAGUUUCACAGUAUUUGCAGUAGCGGCUGAUGGUGAGAUGGAAGGAGAAGGGGUGUCCAUAAGGCUGUAUACAAAGCCCAGCCCAAUCCAUGAUCUCAAGGUGGAAUAUGUUGGCGUGACUUCUGUCAACUUAACGUGGGCGGUGAAUGACUCUGCUUCCAACUCCUACACGUACAGGAUAGAGGUUGUAAAUGAUACCUCUCUUAGGAACCUGACGUCCGAUGUUACCAAAGUUGAAAUUACAGAGUUAAUCCCUGGAGCGAUGUACAAUUUCACAGUAUUUGCAGUAGCGGCUGAUGGUGAGACGGAAGGAGAAGGGGUGUCCAUAAGGCUGUAUACAAAGCCCAGACCAGUUCUUAAUCUCAAGGCAGAAUAUGUUGGCAUGACUUCUGUCAAUUUAACGUGGGUGGUGAACAACACUGCUUCCAACUCCUACACGUACAGGAUAGAGGUUGUAAGCAGUACCUCUAUUAGGAACCUGAUGUCCGAUGUUGCCAAAGUUGAAAUUACUGAGUUAAUCCCUGGAGCGAUGUACAAUUUCACAGUAUUUGCAGUAGCGGCUGAUGGUGAGACGGGAGGGGGAGGGGUGUCCAUAAGGCUGUAUACAAAGCCCAGCCCAAUCCAUGAUCUCAAGGUGGAAUAUGUUGGCGUGACUUCUGUCAACUUAACAUGGGCGGUGAAUGACUCUGCUUCCAACUCCUACACGUACAGGAUAGAGGUUGUAAGCAGUACCUCUAUUAGGAACCUGAUGUCCGAUGUUACCAAAGUCGAAAUUACUGAGUUAAUCCCUGGAGCGAUGUACAAUUUCACAGUAUUUGCAGUAGCGGCUGAUGGUGAGACGGAAGGAGAAGGGGUGUCCAUAAGGCUGUAUACAAUUCCUGCCUCAGUAAAUUUAUUUCAGUGUGAACCAGUGGCCAAGCAGUCUUCCCUAAUGCUUAAGUGGGAGUGUCCUUCUGGUAACAAUUCUGGCUUCAAAAUUAAAAUAUUUAAAAAUACAUGGGAAAAAGAAGAACGGGCUCCAUCCUGCAUGAGAGAAGGCUCAGAGAAAACCUUCAGAACAGCAUCUUUAGAUUAUUUCAGCACCUAUAAUGUUACUAUUGCAACUCUUUCAAAUAGUUCUGAAAGCCCUCCAGUGCAGAAAAUGUGUAAUACGAGCAUUACUGACCCACCUGCUCCAAGCAAAGCUCCUUCAGUCAAGGCAGUCAGCCACAGCUCGUUGUCUGUUGAAUUCUCUGAUUUUGAGUCAGUGAAUGGACCAUUAAAAGCCUAUGCAGUAAUGAUCACAACAGAAGAACAAAGUUGUGAGUCUUUGAAGUCUGAAUUGAACAACACGUACAAAGAUUUCAAGAAGAAGAUGACAGUCGCCUAUGUAACAUAUGUUAUAGAUACAGAGCAAACAAAAUCACCUUCUUUCCAUUCUCAGAAUGGUACAAACAUCGUUAAUGUAGGCAAGGGAAACACAAUGUAUGGCUACGAAAAUGGACCAUUGAUUCCACUUCAUUCAUACAGGGCAAGUGUUGCAGGUUUCACUAAUAUAACCUUUACUAUGGCCAACAUCAUUGUGGGGGAAGAUAGUUAUGUAUCGUUUUCACCCUGUUCUAAGGCGGUUUUGCUACCCCAGGAUCCAGGUGUUAUUGCUGGAGCUGUUAUUGGAUGCCUUUUAGCUAUAUUGGCUGUAGUUGCUAUAGGGGGUUUCAUAUUUUGGAGAAGGAGAAGGAAGGAUAAAAGAAAUACUGAAGUGUCCUUUUCUCCAAUUAAAGUCAAGAAAUCAAAAAUGAUUAAAGUGGAGAACUUUGAGUCCUACUUUAAGAAGCAGCAAGCAGACUCCAACUGUGGUUUUGCUGAAGAGUAUGAGGAACUCAAGUCAGCUGGUGUUCAUCAGCCCAAAUUUGCUGCUGAACUUGCGGAGAACAGGGGAAAAAAUAGAUACAACAACGUCUUACCAUAUGAUAUUUCUCGUGUUAAACUUUCAGAUCAAAGCUCUGCAACUGAUGAUUAUAUUAAUGCAAACUAUAUGCCUGGCUAUAACUCAAAGAAGGCAUUUAUUGCUGCACAGGGUCCUUUACCCGAUACUAUAGAAGACUUCUGGCACAUGAUUUGGGAAAAGAAUAUCUACUCUAUUGUUAUGUUGACAAAAUGUGUUGAACAAGGCCGGACAAAAUGUGAGCAAUACUGGCCAGACAAACAAUCCAAGAGCUAUGGUGACAUUAUUGUGACAAUGGUCUCAGAGAUUGUCCUUCCAGAAUGGACAAUAAGGGACUUCACUGUAGAAAAGUCCAACACACCAGAGAGCCACACAGUGCGCCAGUUCCAUUUCACCUCCUGGCCAGAUCAUGGAGUGCCGGAGGCAACAGACCUUCUCAUCAACUUUAGACACCUUGUUCAUGAGUACAGCAGUCAAAAUCCAGUCGACUCUCCUACUCUGGUGCACUGCAGUGCUGGUGUCGGGAGGACAGGGACUUUCAUUGCCAUUGACCGCCUGAUUCAGCAGAUUGAAAUGGAGAAUACUGUGGAUGUGUAUGGAGUGGUAUAUGAUCUUCGCAUGCACCGACCUUUAAUGGUGCAAACAGAGGACCAGUACGUUUUCCUAAAUCAGUGUGUUAUGGAUAUUAUUAGAUCACAGAAAGACAAGAAAACCGAUCUUAUUUACCAGAACAUGACAGCAAUGGCAAUCUAUGAAAAUUUCACACCUGGGCCAGGCUUCGGGAAGGCCAAUGGCUACCACGCAUAGUCUGGAAGGAAUGCAGUGUCUCCAGGAGGUGUUAUCUGCGCAUAGGAAAGGGAGAUGUUCUACUCAUGUUUUCCAGGAUUGUGUGCAGUAUCUCACGUCUGGCU